AUGGCAUUCUCCGUUCCCCUCCUCACCAUGGACCUCCUCCUGGACCCAUGCCUGCUACUUCUGCUCGCAGCGGCCCUCGUGGCGGGCCCCCUUCUCUCCGCCGUAGCGAUGUGGCGGAGGAGCAGGGGACGCAAACGACUGUACCACCGUGUUGUGGGCACCAAUUUCCAGAUGCUGCUCCAUUUCCGCCAGCAGUACGACUACGCUACUAACCUCUCCCGGCGCCACAGGACCUUCCGGAUCCUCAACUCCCCGUUCCACAGCGAUGUCUACACCUGCGACCCCGCCGUCGUCGAGCACAUCCUCCGAACCAACUUUCAGAACUACGGCAAGGUCAGGGAGACUGCGGCUGCCGCCUUCCGACGAGCUCGCGUUCUGCUGUUUACUCAUUGCCUUCUGGCUCCGGAGCAAAGGCCUAACCAACGGUGUUCCUCCCUGCAGGGAACGUUUAACUAUGGGAUCAUGAACGAUCUGCUCGGGGACGGGAUCUUCGCGGUGGACGGGGCUCAUUGGCGCCACCAGAGGAAGUUGGCGAGCCACGAGUUCUCAACGAGAGCUUUGAAGGACAUCAGUGGUGCCGUCUUCAAGAAGAACAGUGUCAGGCUGGCCCAGGCCGUUGCCGAGGUCGCCGACUCCAACCAGGCAAUAGAUCUUCAGGUUUGUCCUCUUUGAAAAGGAAAACUUGAUCAUCCCCGCCCCGACGAGCUUUAUAUAUAUAUAUAUGGUGGUUGAAGGGCCCCGAAAAGACAUACGAACGAUAGCUCGUAGAAUCUGAUGAAAUCCCGACGGGUCUUCAAUUUUUUUCCCGAUCUACGGCAGGACUGGUUUGUGAAGUCCACAAUGGACUCCAUAUUUGAAGUCUCCUUCGGCACCGAGCUCAACAGCCUGCAGGGGACGAACGCUGAGACGAGGGAAUUCUUGAGAGCGCUGGAUGAGUCGACUGAACUCAUCAACCGGCGGUACAUCGAUCCCUUGUGGAAGGUGAUGCGAUUCAUCAAUGUCGGGUCGGCUGCGGUGCUGAAGGACAACGUCAGAAUCAUCGACGACUACAUUCACAGGCUGAUUCGCUCCAAGAUCGCCCAAAUGUCGAACCAGAAGGUGAGACUCGGUGCAGAGAUCACUACGAAUUGCCGAUGCUCGUGGGGUGUUUGAUUAAGUUCCUACUCCCGCAGGUAGAUAAGCUAGACAUCCUGUCGAGGUUUCUUAAUGAGAGACCGAAUGAUCCCGAGAACUUGACUGAUCGGUAUCUCAGAGACAUAAUCCUCAACUUCAUCAUCGCUGGCAAGGACACGACGGCGGGCACCCUGUCCUGGUUCAUCUACCUUCUCUGCAGGCAUCCCCCUGUGGAAGAGAAGAUAUUCGAAGAAGUUAAGGAGGCAGUAGGCGCCAAAGGCGGCGUGUCCGUGGAAGAAUUCGCGGCAAACGUAACCGAGGAAUCGCUGGGGAAGAUGACGUACCUACAUGCGGCUAUAACGGAGACCCUGCGUCUUUAUCCCGCUGUUCCACUGGUGAGCCAUUAAGCACUCCGUUGGCAUCUGUGAUCAAGAGAUCCUUUCUGACAGAUGGGCGGCGGUCCUUCUGAUCACGAUUUGCAGGAUGGGAAGAUCUGCUUCUCAGACGAUUCAUUGCCCGACGGGUACGACGUGAAAGCGGGGGAGUUCAUUCUAUACCAGCCGUACGCCAUGGGGAGAAUGAAGUACUUAUGGGGCGAGGACGCGGAGAUCUUUCGGCCGGAAAGAUGGCUCGAUGCGGAUGGGAACUUCUGUCCGGAGAGCCCAUUCAAAUUCACGGCCUUUCAGGUGAGGAAGAAGAAGAAGAAGAAGAAGAAGAAGAAGGAGAAGAAGGCUGAAUCUCUGAAAAAUUUCCCCAUUGUCGUCGUCUUCAUCUUCUUUUCUCAGGACGGUAUUUAGUAACUUGGGCAUUGUUUGGACGCAGGCGGGUCCUCGGAUAUGCCUGGGGAAGGAGUUCGCCUACCGUCAGAUGAAGAUCUUCGCAGCGGUCCUCCUCCGUUUCUUCACCUUCAAACUGAGAGACGAGGAAGAAGCCGUCCACUACAAGAUGACUUUUACUCUUUUCAUGAACCCAGGCCUCAAUGUUCAUGUUUUCCACAGGUGA